CUGUACUCUGGGUUGUGUUAUUGUCCAGGAUUCCUGCCCACCUACCUGCUGCCGGCCUAUGAGGAGGUAGUGGACCGGCCUGUCACCGCCCCUCCUCCCUACACACCCCUGCAGUCAGCCCCCCCGCCCACAGACCCUGCUGAGGACUCUCCUUGCCCCAACCUCAGCGUCUCUGUUGGCAGUGAUGCUGAUACAACGCUGCCUCCAGAGGUCCCACUCAGCCCCCUCCACAGCGCCUCUCCCCCCAACAAGGACUCGACCCCGGCCAGGUACCGGCGCUUCACAGGGGAUUCUGGGAUUGAAGUGUGCGAUGGCCAGGAACUGUGGGAUCAGCACAGCUUUAUAGAAAGAGAAGUAACGGAGGAAGAGGGGGUGGGGAAAAUGGAGGAGCCAUGUGAUGGAUUUGAACAUGUCAGCAGACACACAGAGGUGGAAACAGAGCCACAGCCUCACAGCUAAUGCUAGAUAAAGACUCACAGCAGACACUGAUGCAGGGCUGAAGCUGUGUGCUGAGCAGGUGUGUGGGACAGGCCUAGAGACAAAUGAAAGGCAAUGAUACACACAUUGCCCUAUUAUACCAUUAAAGCUUGACCAACUGAA